AUGGCCAUGUUGGCUUCGAAGAGCCCCUUCCCCACCGUCAUCACCACCUCGGGUCUCCCCUCCGGUGGGAACCCUCCGAGCGCCCUCCCGACCUCGAGACGCAUCGCCGUCACCCCAGCCAGCGCCCAGCAUCAUGGAGGAGCGCCGGGCAGCCCUGCCGGCUCCGACUUCUCCGACCUCGACGGCCCGGACUCGGUCAGGAACUGGGACGAGGACAGGGUCUGUGACUACCUGAACACGAUCAACUGCGGCGACUACCAGGCCAUCUUCCGCAAGAACCACAUCAACGGCGAGAACCUGCUUGAGAUGGACAAGGACGUCCUCAAGGAGAUGGGCAUCGACAAGGUCGGUGACCGUGUCCGCCUCUUCCUGGGAAUCAAGAAGCUCCGCACCAAGGCCUGCGCCAACCAGAAGAAGAGGAACCGCGACUCCUUUGGUGCUCUCGAGAUCCAGGUCAAGCCUCCCCAGACCAGCUCGCCACGCAACCAGACCUUUCGGCCCGGCCACGCCGCACCGCUCUUCAACAAGCGCUUCUCGAGACAGCUCGACAUGUCGGCCUACGACAUGUCGGCCUACGACCUGUCCAAGCCCACCAGCUCUCGCCCGACAUCGCCCAUCCAGGAGACGGACCCUCGUGGAGCACGGCAGCAGCAGCAGCAGCAGCAGCAGCAGCGAUACCCCCAGGGUGCCGGAUACUUCACCGCCAACCCGCCGCCCAGGCACCAGCAGACGCCGUCUGACCCGCAGUCUUCCGCCCGCCUGGCCCACACGAGGAACAACUCGAGCGUCGACGGGUCGCUCAUGGCCGCCCUCCCUCACAACCAGGACGUCAUCCGCGUCAUCUCCACCGACGGCGUCACCAAGGUGGUCAAGAUCGCCGGCUGCAACACGUGCGAGGAGGUGAUGCGCGUCACCCUGCGCAAGUUCACCCUGAGGGAGGACCACGAGCGCAACUACUGCUUCUGGGUCCUCACCGGCACCGAGCCCGACCCCAACCACUGCAAGCGGCUGGGCGACACCGAGCUCUGGCGCAUCAUCAAGGACCAGAGGCGGCCGGAGCGGAACCGGCUGAUCCUGCGCCGCGUCCCGGCCGGCUCGCCCGGCUCGCAGGAGCUGCAGCGGGCUGCGGCCAUCGCGAUGGAGGAGGAGCAGCAGAAGUACUCGCGCGCCCUCGAGACGGUCGACAAGCGCGGCCAGGCCAAGGUGCAGAAGGUGCUGGGCGAGAGGUGGGGCGACAAGCUCCAGCAGCCGCUGUCGCCCGCCUCGUACAGCGACCGGCAGAGGAACGUGUCGAACGCGGCCAAGGACCUGGAGCGGCCCCCGUCGAGCGACUCGUCGGCGCCGCAGCGCCGCAAGGUGGGCAGCCUCCGCCAGUUCGGCGGGCUCCGGCCGCCGAGCGAGCUCAUCGCCUGCGACCUCACCUCGUACUUCCCCGACCACGCGCGCGAGGACAUUGACCGCACCGCCCGGCUCUCGAUGCGGAGGUCGACGCGGCUCAGCAAGGUCAACAGCCGGCUCAGCGUGGCCAGCAACCUGAGCUUCGCGUCGAGCAUCCAGGACGCGCCGCCGAUCCCGACCAUCGCCGACUCGUGGCUCCACGGGGGCGGCCAGGUGGCCAAGGUGCACGGGCGGGACUCGCAGGGCCGCCUCCCGCAGAUGUUCAACCGCGACUCGUUCGCGUCCUCGAUGCUGGACACGCUGCAGGAGGAGUCGACGGCGAUGGAGCCGGACCGGAAGUCGUACGUGUCCUUCACCGAGAGCAGCUCGGACGGGGCGACGCCGGUCAGCGUGACGGACCCGGACGGCAACACGGCGGCGGGCAGCUUCUUCGACACGGACGGGUCGACGCAGUCGGGCGACGAGGCCAAGCAGUUCCUGACCCAGACGUUUGAGAUUGAUCACAAUCUCCGACCUAGCGCUGACGAUCUCAUGCUGUCCGAUUUCCUGGCGCCU